AUGAUUAAUUUACCAAAUGUUCAAUCAACAGCAUCUAAUUCAUUAUCGGAUUGUCAAGCAGCAGCUUCAUCAUUUCGAACAACAAUUAAUUAUACAGCCAGUAAUAUUGUAAACACUAUCGGGAUUAAUACUACUUGUGCAGCCAGUGAUGUUGUUUGUCCUGGUCAAACUACCAAUGGUGUUUGUGUUUGGCAACGGAAAUUAAGUGCUGUUUGUCGAAAUGCCAGUGGUGUUAUUAAAAUUCGUAUUCAGACAAAUGGUUUACCUCCACGGUGUGCUAGUGUACCCAUGGGCAGUUUUGCCGA